UUGUUAGCAUGCCUAAAACUGAUCCAAAUGCCCGAAUUUCUGAUGAUGUACUUUCAAAGAAUUUGGAAAAUGAUCACAACCAAGAAGAGUGUAAAAGUCUAAAAGCUGCCAACAGUAAUGCAGAAGAUGAAGAUCAUCCUGAUAGACAUUUAGCUCAAAUACCUAUAGAACGGGAUGUUAAAAAUCGAGUAAAGCUGUAUGUGCUUUGCGAUCAAAGAGUUUGGGAUGAUAAGGGCACUGGACAUGUGGCAUGUGUAUUAUCCCCAGAACAUCAAGGAGCUACUUUUAUUGUCGUUCGUUUGGAACACAGCGGCAAGUUUUCUGAAAUUAUUUUAAGUAAAUUUUUAUUUGCUUUUUAUAAUUCUGAUGUUUAUGGUCUCGAAAAUCAAUUUUCGUUCGUAGUACUACAAGAAUAUAUUGGAAUCAAGAAUUCUCAUGGAUACAAUAUACCAGAAACAGCAAGUAGAGAUUUCUCUAGAGUUGAUAGAUAGUU